GCUCAGUAUUUUUUAUUUCAUUUUAAACAGUGAUAUGCAUUGAUAAAGAUUUUGAAUGAUAAGAAAGCGUGAAUUUAAUGAUUAGAAAAAAGCUUCAUAAUAAUAUAAGACUACAUAAAUGACAAUGAUUGAUGUAUGUUAUUUGAAAUGACUUGUCAUUUCCUUAACGAUUAUAUAGUUCGUGAAAAUUACACAUAUGUUGUGUUUCCAAAAUGUAUUAACAAUAAAGAUAGUGCAUUAUAUUAUUAGUAAUUAUUAUCGAACAUUAAUUGUAAUGCUAUUAUGCUUUAAUGUAAAUUAUUGUAUUCUAUUCUAAAAUUGUGACAAGUUCAUAGAUUCAGUAAACAAAAUUUAUAAGUACGCUAUAUAAUUAUUAUGUACUUUGAAGUAGAAUCUAUUCAAAAAUAUCCAACCGUAACCAUGAACAAAUCAGUGGAAGAUUUAUUGAUAUCUAGUCGUGAAGUUAUGACUAAUGUAAAUUCUACUGGAUUUGAAAAUCAGAAUCCAACAAUGAAUAUAGGAAAUGGUAUAUCAGAUAAUAUUCAAGAAACAAUUACUGGAGGAAAUGGAGAAAAAGGUAGUCCAGUUUCAAGUCCAAAUUUAUCUCCACGCCCUAGUCCAAAAGUUCGUAAUAAACGAGAUCAUUCCAAAUUAAAUCAUGAUUUAAAUACCAAAGAAUCUAAUAGUAUGAACAAAUUGGAUGAACAUCAAUUACAUCAACAACAAGAUAUAACAAACAAAUCAUCAGAUUCUUCUCAAGUUAUAAAAAGUUCACAUGAAGGAAAAAAAGAAACACGAAGCAGUGAACGAAAUAAAAAAAAAUCUUGGUAUCAUGUUUUAUAUCCAACUUAUAAAUCUAGAUCUGAUGAUUUUAAGAGAAUAUUUAAAGAUGUACCAGAUGAUGAAAGAUUAGUUGUUGAUUAUUCAUGUGCAUUGCAACGUGAAAUAUUAGUUCAUGGAAGACUCUAUGUAUCUCAAAAUUAUGUAUGCUUUUAUGCAAACAUUUUUAGUUGGGAAACUUUAGUAUGUUUACGUUGGAAGGAUGUUACAUCUAUUACUAAAGAAAAAACUGCACUUGUAAUUCCUAAUGCAAUUUUAAUAUGCACUGCCACUGAUAAAUUUUUUUUGACAUCUUUUGGUGCAAGGGAUAAAACAUAUGUAAUGUUAUUUCGUGUAUGGCAAAAUGCACUUAUUGGUGAGCCAAUGAAUGCACCUGAAUUAUGGCAACUUGUACAUUCUUGUUAUGGAGAUGAAUUAGGUUUAACUUCAGAUGAUGAAGAUUAUGUUCCACCAUUACCUCCAGCUGAUGAAGAGAAGCUAUCUACAAGAUUAUCUGUAGAAUCAUUUUCUGAGGUAGAAAGUGGUAACAUAGAACAUUCAAUAACUGAAGCACCAGAUACAAUUGAAUCAAAGGCAGAAGUACAUCAUUUACCUCGACCAGAUCCUACUAUUGAUGCAACGGAUUUAAGUGAUACAACAGAAAGUGAAGCUGAAAAACAUGCAUUAAAAUUAAGUGUUCGGGGCACUGUAAUAUGUACUUCAUCACAUGAAGGUCGUCAAAUAGGCAAAGCUACAUUUCCUAUUCAUAUUGAUCAACUAUUUACCUUGCUAUUUACAAAUUCAAAAUUCUUUCUUGAUUUUCAAACUGCUCGCAAAACUACUGAUUUAGUACAAUCAGCAUGGACCCAAAAUGAACAAACUGGUCAGAAAGUUAGAAAUUUAUCAUUUACAAUAGCAUUAUCUCAAGCUAUUGGACCAAGAACUUCUAAUAUAUCAGAAACUCAGAUAAUGUUACCAUGUAGUAGACCAGGUUAUUUAUAUAGUAUUGAUGUAGAAAGUGUAAAUGCUGGAAUUCCAUAUGCAGAUUCUUUUUCCGUUUUAAUUCAUUAUUGUAUUACUAGUAUUUCUGAAAAUGAAACAAAUAUGGCAAUUUAUGCUCAAAUAAAGUACAAAAAAAAUGUAUGGGGUUUUGUAAAAAGUGUUAUUGAAAAGAAUUGUUGGGCUGGAAUGGAUGAAUAUUUUACAAGUUUAAUAAAAGCAUUAACUAUAGAAUGUGAAGAAAAUAACGGAAGUGGAGGAGUAAAAAGAAAAACAAGAAGAAGACGUCGUGCUACAGGUCCUGGUAUUUCUUUACAAACUCAUACUUCAGAUCACACAUCUUCCACUCUACAAAAUUCUUUAAAUUUGCCACAUAUUAAUGAUAAUACUGUUUCUGCUGCACGAGGUGAUUCUAAUAUGAUAAUUAGUUCAAUGCUUUUGAUUGCUGUCUUAUGUUUAAUGGUAAUUAAUGGUUUAUUAUAUUAUAAAUUAUGGGGUUUAGAAGAAGCUGCAGCCUAUACUAUUAUGGAUUUACAUGUAUUAAAAAAUACACCAAAAACUGAAGAAGAUUGGAUUCAUUUAUUACAACAGCAAGAAAGUUUACAUAACAUAGAAAUGAGAAAAUGGCAAAGAGUAUUGCAUACUGCUGCACAAUUGCUUAGACAAACAGAAGAAUCAUUAACAGAAUUACAAAUGAGUAUUCAUCCUACUGCAACAGAAAAAAUGUUUUCCGUGUUAAAACCAAGUUUAAAAAGCUAUAAUUCUCAUACAGAACAGCGAAGUCAUUCAGAAAUAUAAAAAAAAGGAAUAUGUAAAAAUAUUCUGACAAAAAUAACAUAUACAAGUGCGCUGUGAUGAUGAUGAUGAUGAUGAUUAUCUAUAAUUCCAAAUGCACAAUAAUAUGUAUCUAAAUUCAAACUAUUUAUGAUUGAUAGAAAAUGCAAUUUAAAUUUGUUCCUUUUUAUUACUUUAAUGUUUAUAAAAUAUGUUGUGUGAAAUUUUUUGCACAUAGAAUAUUAUGAUAAGUUACAUUGUUGUAUAAUAUAUUUCU